UAGAAGCCAAAACUCUACCCUGUCUACUCGUUUCUUUUGCUGAAAAGUAUCCAAGAAGUGACUUACUAAAGCAUAUAAUGGGCUAUAAACCUGAAGAAAGGCAGCAGUGGCGUAAUGCGUCUGCUAAUGCAGCAACUAAACGAUUUACAGAAAUGGCUAAGUAUUUUCCUGAAUUAACUUCAUAUCAUGAUUCUUUGAAUAACUAUUCUUUAUGUGAAUGGCACUAUAACCAGAUUGUCGCUAAGCCUUCUUUUAUUAAGCAAUUAAAUUUAGAUGAGGGUGGAAGAAAAAGAUUAAAACUUUCUGACGAAAAAAGGUUUGCUGAUUUUGGCACUCAAGUUGAACCAACUUCCGUCGACUUUGAAGUUCAAGUAUCUUUGCCGGAUCCAAAAUAUGAACUUCUUUUAGAGCGAAUUUGUAAACUAGAAAGUGCUAAUAGGCAAUUGUUAGCUGAAAAUAAAGCGUUAAAAAAAAGGUUUAACGUAAGAUUUACUAACCAACAAGAUCGUAUUCAGUCUAUUGUAGAAAUUGCUGAAAAGGAACGAAGUAAUUUGUAUGAGGAUAUAACGGGUUAUUCUGAAAAUGAAACCAAUCAACCUCGUACACAUCCUAGCUUUAUUUCUGAAUCAAAUCGAUUUCGAGCUCGAAUAAGAAGCAUUCAGUUUGUAAAUCCAAAUGCCAACAAUCGUACUUUUCAAAGCAUAAGUGGAGAAUGGGCGCUAAGUGAAGAAAUGAAGCAAUUUAGUGAAAUUGCAUGUACAAAAAGAAUUGAAUUUAUUAACGCAAAACUAAUUAAAAAAAAUUCAUUAGGCGCUUGGCAUCCAAUACCUAUAACAUGUGAAGAGGCAGACCUUCAAAAAAAUGAUAGUUCUUUAACAAGACCACAAAUUUUGUCAAUUAUUAAUUCUUUAAUUCCUCUUUUAGGUGAUGCAGAUCGAUCACGUUUCCGAAGUUUAUCAAAUAAAUCUCGUGAUAACUUAAUGAAUAUUCUUCAAGAAAUUAGAAAUAUAUUAGCUAACAAUAGCAGUAAUACUAAUAAUGAAAUGUAA